CGGCCGCCCCGGUUCCCUUCUCCCGGCGCUCUCCACGCACGUACGCACGCACGCACGCACGCACUCCCACCCUCACCUCAUCCUCGCCUUCCGCCGUCGCCACCGCCGCCGCCGCCAUCGACAUUCAACAUAUACCCGCCCGUCCGCCCGCCGCCGUCGCGCGCCAUCCCGCUCGUUCCCAGAUUGCCGUCCUCGUCGUCGUCAUCGUCGCCCUGCGCGCUGCAACGCUCGGUUGCAAUGACAUGUCGCCUCCCCCGAUGCCGCCGAACAUGACUUAGGAGAAUGUCGCUCACCGAACUUCGAAAUAGCGUACUCCUAUUCAGCAAUCCAGUAUGGGCCGGCGCCAAUACCGUUCCCUCGACGCUCGUCCGGAACAUUACCGCGCGCACCAGCCAACUGGCCUAUGAAGAGCGCUUGACAAACAACCUCACGACGUUGAGUACCCGCAAUGCCGAAAAGCUCGACGGCACCUUUGGUGGCCUGCUGUACGUCCCGGCCGUCACCAGCGUCCCCUCCUGCGACGUGCAGCAGUACGACUUUAUCCCCCGCAACGUCACCCGCCGCCAGCAACUCCCCCCUAGCAACUUCAAUGUCGUCGCCAUAGCCCCCUGGUUCAGCAUCGACUGCACCCUCGCCUACCUCCGCUCCGCCUCCCACGGCCCCAUACGCGCCUUCAUCUUCUACAAGCCCAACAACUCGACCAAUAAGCCCCAAGAGGUCGACUCCCCCGUGUGGAACCUCGACGAUGGUGGCGCCUGGAGGAAGAACUACCACUUCCCCAUCUUCGCCAUCCCAGGCCUCGAAGGCCAGAAGAUUAUGACGCAGUUGAGUCGCUACUCAGGCAACGUCAACGAGGUUCCUCACGGGCCGGAGCUCAGCCAGAUAUUUGGCCCCAAUCCAAACGACUACGUGCGCAUAUGGACCGAUCUGACCCUUCAGAAUUCGAGCAACGUUCCUGCCGUGUGGGCCUUUGUGCUGAUUGUUAUCGGUGCCCUCUUGCUGAUUAUUAGCGCCGUCUCCCUCACCAUGCAUUUUGUCCAGCGCCGAAACCGAAAGUCGCUGAAGCGUCGAGUUCAGUCUGGCGAAGUCGACCUCGAGGCCAUGGGUGUCAAGCGACUGACCGUGCCAGCGUCGCACGUCAAAGACUUUCCUCUAUUUACCUACAACGCCGAGCCGGACCUCGUCGACGCGCCCCCGGCGCCCAGCUCACCCGGUGCGAACCCAUCGCCGCCGUCCAAGAAGCGAAAGGGCCGCCGCUCCGAGCACCGCACUUCGGCGACCGAUUCCACGACCGUUGUUGGCUCUCGGAGCACCCGCAGCGUUAGAAGCAUACGCAGCAAGCGGUCGAGCAUCACCGGUACGGGUGACACGACGGCGACGAACAACCAACCAAACUGCCACAUCUGCUUAUGCAGCUUCGAACACCGCUCUUCCAUCAUUCGGGAAUUGCCUUGCGGCCACAUCUUCCACCCAGCCUGCAUCGACGAAUUCCUCACCCAGAACAGCUCCCUCUGUCCCAUGUGCAAGCACUGCAUGCUGCCGCGGGGCUACAGUCCGAAAAUCACCAACGGCAUGGUCCGCCGAGAGAGGGCAGUGCGGCGGCUGAGACAGAGGGUAGACCUGGAGGACUCUUCCUUUGAAUCCAACGAUACGAAGCUCAAGGAAUGGGGCAAGCGGCUCUUCAGCUCGCACGGAACGGCGGCACCGACUGCAGCCGACGUGCCCAUGACGCCCCUGUCGGCUUCUCAUCCCGCAUCGGAUCAGGUCGAGCCGGACACCCCAGCAGUUGCCAUGCCCAACAACGCGACGGCACAAAUGGAGGGUGACGAGACGCACGACACAACCAACGCCCCGCCGAUGGCCGCCGCGACCAAAACGGGGAGACCGCGAAAGGCCCGGCCGCGGGCUUUGCGACUGCUGCCAACGCACCAUGAAGAGGGCGAACCCAAAGAUGCCGCUCCGCAGGUCGGGCGGUCCAGCCCCUCGUCAUUUGCCAGGGAACGCAUGCGACAGAUUGCAGCCAAUAACGCGCCGUUUGAUGAUCCGGACCAUCAACGGCCUAGAUGGCGGCGGGCACUGUCCAAAGCAUUCCCGGGCUUCUGACGACGGUCAUGUUUUGGCACUGGCGGAGGCGCUGACUGAUAGCGUGGGUGUUGGCAUCAUCACUUUGCAUGGCAAUGGCGUUUUGUCUUUUUCAUUUCUUUUUCCUGGGUCCGGGCCUCAUCUCGGGAAAUGUUGGGUCGGCAAAACAUGGGAUGCAUAUCACGAGGAAAGGUACACCUAGUAUUUGGAAACGGCGUUUGGACGAGAUGGGAGGGUCUGUUUUGUUGCUCGGGACCGCGUCGCAUGGAGGUCGGGUUGGACCCUGGCCACGCACGCACAUCCCUGGACGCGAGCCGCGUUGGCAGCGGCGCACAUGGAUUGGCAACGGGCCGAUGGCCCCUGGACUUGCAGCUCUGGUCGUAUUUAACUCGGCUGUCGGACGUGGUCGGAAGUCGGGAUACUGGAAUCGGAGCGGCGAGGUUGUUGGGCCACAGCCGGACGACGGUGAACGGUGGUUUACGUCCGAGCCCUGACGGUGAAGCGAGCGCUACUGCUGCUUGCCGCCGGCAUGUACUGUACUACUACGUACAUGUACGGACGGGAUGGGCAUUGUUUGUAUGAAGGGCCUGGCUUCGCGAAGCAAAAGAGCAGUCUGGAAUACAGCGAGAGCUGCGACGUGCCCGCAAGAAGGCACUUGAUGUCACUUCAUCUCACUUUGCGCGCGCGUAGCAAGCAAACCAACGCUUUUGUGUCGAUGCCGUCGCAUAUUGCGUGUCAACACACUUUUGUACCAAGUAUAUGCAUUGUUGGAUGAGCGGGCGCGUGGCGACCUGGAAUACCGUCCAUACCCCAAGGCUUGAUGUUGGGAGAUAAAGUACGA